GGGAUUGCAUAUUGUAAAGGCACGGUGGAACUGUACGAGACAGUGCACGGUACGCGUACAGUGCGUAUCACAACGACGAUGCGCAUUUUCAACGUUGAUACGAUCAGCCCGAUACCAACGCCUCAAUCGACUAUCGCCAAAAAUCAACACGUGCAAACCGAUGACCCAAGUAAACACAACAAAUAUAUUCAAACAACCACAACGAAUACACCAACGAGAAAUGCGCAUAUUCAGGUAUCAAUCACUUCAACCUAGUAUCAGAUGCAUCUUCUUCGGCCUCAUUCACGAGGAUAUCAAUCGUAAAAAUAGCCGAGCGAACAAUACUGACGAUUCAUAA